CAAAGACUUGGCUUUCAGAGCUGACCUGCAGAGCACAGUUUGUGUGCUUUGAAGAACCCAAGCAGCCUGCCCAGCAGAAGACUUCCUGAGGAGCCUCCACUAAGGAUUUAAUUGGGAAGUGCCAAAGAGAACAAUGGAUUACCAGCCGAACAUAAUCCGGGACUCUAACCCCAUGGAGAACCUGGAGAAACAGUUGAUCUGCCCCAUAUGCCUGGAGAUGUUCACCAAGCCUGUGGUGAUCUUACCCUGCCAGCACAACCUCUGUAGGAAAUGUGCCAGUGACAUCUUUCAGGCUGCGAACCCAUACUGGCAAACGACCCGGGGAACCACCAUAUCAGGGGGCCGGUUUCGCUGUCCUUCCUGCCGCCAUGAAGUCAUCCUGGACCGGCAUGGAGUCUAUGGCCUCCAGAGGAAUCUGCUGGUGGAGAAUAUCAUCGAUAUCUACAAACAAGAAUAUUCCAGCCGGCCCCUGAAGAAGGGAAACCACCCAAUGUGCAAGGAACACACAGACGAGAAGAUCAACAUCUACUGCUUAACCUGUGAGGUGCCCACCUGCUCCAUGUGCAAAGUUUUUGGAGCUCACAAAGACUGUGAAGUGGCCCCCCUUCAAAGUGUCUUUCAGGGACAAAAGACUGAGCUGACCAACUGCAUUUCGAUGCUGGUGGCAGGGAAUGACAGAAUCCAGACUAUCAUCAACCAGUUGGAGGAGUCCUGCAGAACCACCGAGGAAAACGGCCGACUGGUCAAGCAAGCCUUAUGUGAUAGAUUCGAAGCCCUCCUUUCUGUCCUGGAGGAGAAGAGGAGCGAGUUGCUAGAACGGGUUUCCAAGGAGCAAGAAGAGAAGGUGGGGUUCAUGCAGGGCCUCAUCCAGCAGUACAAGGAGCAGCUGGAGAAGUCGACCAAACUGGUGGAGACAGCGAUCCAGUCCAUGGAGGAGGAGGCAGGGGCUGCCUUUCUCAUGACUGCCAAGCAGCUCAUUAAAACGAUUGUGGAUGCAUCAAAGGGGGCUCAACUGGGGAAAAUUGAGCAAGGCUUUGAAAAUAUGGACUAUUUUACCAUAGACCUGGAAAAUGCCACAGAAGCCUUGAGAGCUAUUGACUUUGAGGCAGAUGAUGAUGAAGAUCCGAAUGAGGAAGAAGAAACAGAAGAGGAGAAUCCCCAAGUCCGGAACGUAGACGGUACGUACCAGAGGGAGCCAGCACUGAGAAAAGGGGGAAAGUAAGGGCUGCCUUGGCAAAGUGUUUCACCAGGUUGCUGAAUUGUUUCCACACUUUCCUGAGGCUUGCUCUCAUUGGAGGGCCAAACCACUGAAAAGGACAUUCAAUGACAAUAUGUGUGAGAGAAACAGCACUGUGGAAAGAGUGCGUCAAGUUUUCCCUUGCUCUAGCAUGUAUCUUGCAAGGAGACUUUGUCACAGCACGGCCACCCCUUCUGCCACUCCCCACACUGAUGGCUGCUAUUAACAGAGGUGGGAAUAUUUCCAAAGGCCAUGUCAGCAGCAUACCUAUGGUACAGAACAGAUCAGCAGGGAUUAGAGUUCUCAACUAAUUCUUCAGCAUUUCUCCUUUAACGUAUCUGACAGCUGGCUACACUCAGAGGCAGGAAACUGGGGUAUAGGAGCCAUUGCUCUAACCUCCUGAGGUCUCCCUUGCAACGGAUGGGAAAUACCUCUGCAUAAGCUAGCUUCUCCCUGCCCAAGAGAUAUUCAGGCUUGUCCAAUAAACACUUGCCAUUUGCUAUGAGUUCACCAUUAGAAAAAUCAAAUGUUGUAGUUCAACAUUUACAUUAUAUGUUAUUAAGAAUAUUUACACUUAUAUACUGCUUUUCAACAAAACAUACACACACAUACACACCAAAGUUAACUAAUACAUUUUGCGAGGGCUAAGUAAGGUUUGGAAAGAGACUUCCAUUCACACAGAAUGCGCACACACCGUUUGUCCCACUGUUGUCUCCAGGUUUUGCAAGUUUUCGCAUCAAGCCAAAAGUUUGCCAGACGUGUAAAUCCGAGAGAAGGUAGGAGGAGUGUGUACACCUCAAAAGCAGCAAUUCUUUGACUAAAUUCCAUCUCACUCAUACUGAGGGUUCAACUCUCAUGUAGGAGGCAAGCCAAGAUACAUGCUUUAUGAUGGCACAAAAGCCAUUCUUUGGUCAACGGUUUUGUCUUUUCCAGUAAAUCUCUCUGUGUGUAGUUCUCAUCCUGUCACACACAGGAUGACAGUCU